AUGACUCGACCUGACAUUGCUUAUGCCGUGAGUGUCGUGAGUCAAUUCAUGCACUCUCCUUGUGCCCCACACCUUGAUUCAGCUAUUCGGAUUCUUCGCUACUUAAAAGUAUGUCCAGGCCGUGGUAUUUUGUUUGCUAAUCAUGGUCACUUACGUGUUGAGGCAUGGACAGAUGCUGAUUAUGCAGGAUCAAAUUCAGAUAGGGGGUCUACUUCAGGUUAUUGUACCACUAUUGGUGGUAACUUGGUUACUUGGCACAGUAAGAAGCAGGAUGUUGUCUCUCGAUCUAGUGCAGAGGCAGAGUAUAGGGCUAUGGCUUUUGGGGUCGAGCUGGGUGCUGAACCUCAAAAAUUUCCAUUGAUGGUUAAGUACGGAAUGACCAUUGAUAAAAACAGCACGUUCGACGCCUCUCCCAGCCCAGGACAAAUCUCUCAUGGCGGCCAUGGCGGAUCUGAAAAUCUCGCACUGCCAAUAACUGGGCAAAAGCUGAACGGACAUAAUUACCUUCAAUGUGCUCAAUCGGUGAUGAUGUUCAUAUCAGGAAAAGAAAAAGACGACUAUCUCACCGGCGCUGCCAUACCUCCUCAAAAGGAAGACCCAAAAUUUUGA